AUGACGAUGCAUCCCAAAGGAUUAAAUCGCACAUCAACAAACCUCACUGCAGAGAAACUCUGGACAGGCGGUGCUUGGCUGGAGGGCCCAUGUUGGUUACCACGUGAAGGCAAAUUAUUAUUCAGUGAUGUUGCUGGAGAUAAACAAUACUUAUUGGAUCCUGAUACCAAAACUGUUUCCUUAUUCCGUCCAUACAGUUCUCAUGCCAAUGGGAAUACACUUGAUUUCCGUAAUAAAUAUUACUUUUCUGAAAAACCAGAUUACUUUAUUCUUUCCUGUGAACAUGGUAGACGUUGUAUCUCUGCUUCUCUUCCUCCCCAUGCAGUUUCUAUUGGGACGAAGCCACCUACUGAGGAUGUUCGUAAUGUUAUUAUAGUUGACAAAUUUGCAAAUCGACGAUUUAAUUCUCCUAAUGAUAUUGUGGUACGAUCCUGUGAUGGUAGUGUUUGGUUUACAGAUCCACCGUAUGGGAUUUUAUCGGAUUUCACAGGUAUGCAAAGUUCCAGUCAAAUUGUUGGUUGUUUUGUUUAUUGUCUCUUACCUCCAUCCCCAGAACACCUAGAGGAACGUGUCAUAAAUAUUGCCAUUUCAGAUUGUCAACGACCGAAUGGUUUGGCCUUUACACCAGAUGAGAAACAAUUGUAUGUGGCGGAUAUGAGUCGAUAUGAAUGGGGAGAUCUUGGUCGACAUGAAAUUCGCCUGUACGAUAUUGUAGAAACUAUAUCUACAGAUGGUAAAAAUACUAUUGAGAAGAUUGAGGCGGUAAAUGGAAGAAGAUUUUUUGUAGUGGAACCGGGAAUUCCUGAUGGUUUCCGUGUGGAUGGGGAUGGAUAUCUCUAUACAAGUUCACAGGAUGCUAUUACUAUCGUCAGUCCAGAGGGAAAAGAAGUAAAUCGUGUUUCUGUGCCGGAACAUAUUACGAACUGUACAUUUGGUGGUCCGCAUGAGAAUGAAUUGUAUGUGACUUCUAAUAAAUCCAUCUUUCGUAUACAAUUCUAA